AUGAGUGGUUUGAAGGCGGGGACCGGGAACGUGUUCUGGGACUUGAAGUGAUCCAAUCUUUGUCCACCGGGCGCAAAAACCAAAGGAUACAAUUUCGAAAUGUUCACAUUCAAACGACCCACCUAUUGCUCGAUUUGUAACAAAUUACUGCAGGGCAUCUUCUAUCAAGGCUACCGAUGUCGUGAAACUGGACUAGUCGCACACAAAGCCUGCCUGGCCUCCAACAAUUUACCCGUUCGGAUGAGCCCCGGGGUUCACAUGAACGGAGUUGGACCCCAAGCACCUCCACUACCUCCUCAGGGCGCUAACAACUCAUGGCGCAGUCGUCGUUCUCAUCUUACUGCGAGCAGUAUUCCAUCCACCCCCGUGGCCACGGCACUGACUCGCGGGUCCAGUUCAGCAUCCACACUGAGUUCCAUGCUCUCCCAUUCCGAUUCAUUCGAUUUCUCCCAAAUCACCGAUGCCAUGUCCUCGGUGAAUCAGUGGUUGGCGACCGAUCCGGCCCAGUCGAACGUGCACCGCUGCCGUCGCAUCUCAGCUGGAUUGAGUGCCACAUUCGGACAUACCUCAUCCCAUUUGGUGGUCGUUGCUCGUCGACAUUAUCGUGGUGAACCGGCACCGCCGUUUGGCGGUCCUCCACUGUUCAUUGUCCCCGGUGACCUAGUUGAACUUGUCAGUUGGGCGGAUGAUGCCAUCUGGUGGAAGGCCACAUUCGCUGACAUGGGUCAGUUGAGUCGCCUAUCCGGUCAACUCGGUCCACCCUCACCUCCGACCCGUUCCCCGGGAACUCCAACUGCAUUCAAUCAUGGUUUGAAUAGUUGCAAUCGACACAGUUUACCCCCGGACUGCACGGAUGCGAAUGGACUCCGACCGGAUGGAUCAAAAGAUGCCUGGCAUUUGCUCGAAGCGGAUCAAAUUUCCCGAGUCGAGAGUGGCCCAGGCACACCGCGGCACUCACUGGAUAUACCGGAUCCGCUCACUAGUUACGAUUGGUAUGUGAAUCUGAUUUACCGCGCAUAUAUUCCCCGUAUUGUUAACUAUCUACUCGUCUUGAUGACUGGCUCCUUUACUCCUUCAAUUCAUAUAACGUGGUAA